UCAGAAUUGAGAAAUGUGUCAUGGAGGUCCCUUCUGCUACUAUUUAUUAUGGAUGGAUAGGAAAUAUAGAAUCCAUAGGCAAAGAACGACUUAUAGAUACCCCAUAUAGUUUUAUCAAUAGAUAUAAAGAGAGAAACAUCCUUUUUUUCUGAAGAGAGAGAAAGAGAUAGGUUUGACGAAGAAAUCAAAGGCCUAUUUGUGUUGUUAUCUUCCUUUUCCUUUGUGGAAUUUUUGUAUUUGAAGCUGUUGAAAAAUGGAGGAAUUGAGGAAAAGGGUCUGUGGAAUAGUAUUGUUCUUCUGCAUUUGUUGUUUCAUAUCUUUUUCACCAUGCGAUGCGUCAGCACCUCCUCCAUUUCUGCUAGCUCUUCGUUCUCAAUGUCCUCUCUCUUUUUCUUUCCAAUCCCCUCUUCAGGUUAGUGGAGACUUCAUCAACAGAGCCCUGACCUCCAGGAAACGGAGUACAUAUACUUCAGUUUUGUUCUAUGCUUCCUGGUGCCCGUUCUCAAGGAGAAUUCAUUUCAUGUUUGAAGCAUUAAGUUUUAUGUACCCUCAAAUUGAACACCUAGCCGUUGAGCAAUCUUCAGCCAUGCCGAGCUUGUUCUCAAGAUAUGGCAUACAUAGCGUGCCUGCGAUACUAAUUUUUAACCAAACAUCAAGGAUGUGGUUUCAUGAUUCCAAAGAUCUUGAUUCACUUUCAAAAUUUUACCGGAGAACUACAGGACUUAAACCAAUUCAGUAUGUUGAUGUUGAUCAAUCUGGUGUAUUAAGGAAAAAUGCAAGAUUUGCAACGGAGUCCAAGCUCUCCCUGCCGCUCAAUGAAAUGUUAAGUCGAGAACCUUACUUGUCAUUUGCUGUAGCAUUCCUUUGUUUAAGGGUAAUAUGGAUUGUUGCCCAAAGACUCAUGUACCAUAUCAAAGCUUUUUGGACGAGGUACAGACCCAAUCCGAGUUUAGACAUCUUCGGUGAAACUGGCCAAAUCUUGAGGCGGAUUGUUCAGGCGAUAGAUAUGAAGGGGCUUUGGACAAAGCUAAGACAAUGCAAGAUCAGGAACUUGCACCAUGGUGCAAGGAGUGCACGCGUGUGGGCUUCAUCUUUGGCUUCUGUCUCCCUCGGUGAAUCAUCAACUUCUAGAUAGUCGCGCUUAGAAAAAUCUCUGACUGUGUAUAUAGUUGCUGUGAGGAGGGGUUGGAAUUCUCAGGUUACUAAAAAGAAAACCUCCCCAGUUUGAAGUAAAGCGAAGGGAGAUAGAGAAGCCAAAAGGAGACCUGGACGUCUAAUGGAAAUCUAUAUAUAGAUCAUGCUGGUCUUCCCCUUUAAUUUGUGUCCUGUUGGUGUUUGUCAGUAAGAGUAUGCGUCCUUUGUAGAGUUUCUGCUGUUUAACUUAUGGACCGAGGCAUCCUUUGCACUUGAGUGCACAAUGGAACUAAUUGUUGUUGUUGUAACUUGUAAGUCCAUGAAAUGGGAUUUGUGGGAUUGGAACGGGAAAUAUAGAAGAAAAAUGGAGAGCACCUAACGUGGCAUUGGAGAUUUCUCCUGUAAAAUAAACAGCAAAAAAUGGUUUGAUCCCAAACCCUUGUGUAGUGAA